ACAAGAGAGGAUCUGCCCCUGCUGGCCCCAGGAUGGUACUGGAGAGCGUGGCCCGCAUCGUGAAGGUACAACUCCCUGCCUAUCUUAAACAGCUCCCAGUCCCGGAGAGCAUUACGGGGUUCGCCCGGCUCACAGUUUCAGAAUGGCUUCGCUUGCUGCCUUUCCUUGGUGUACUCGCCCUCUUUGGCUACCUUGCAGUUCGUCCAUUUCUCCAGGAGAAAAAACAGCAGAAGGAUAGUUUGAUUAAUCUUAAAAUACAGAAGGAAAAUCCCAAAGUGGUGAAUGAAAUAAACAUUGAAGAUUUGUGUCUUACGAAAGCAGCUUAUUGUAGGUGUUGGCGUUCUAAGACGUUUCCUGCCUGUGAUGGUUCCCAUAAUAAGCAUAAUGAAUUGACAGGAGAUAAUGUGGGUCCACUUAUAUUGAAGAAGAAAGAAGUAUAACAUUAAUGACUUAGCAUUGGUCCAGUGUGUGCUUUAAAAUAUUUCUCAUUCUUUGUGUAUAGAAAAUCUUUGAAAUGGUGUCUUAAUUAUUACUAGUUGAAUAAUUAUUUCUGCCAAUUUAUUUUCUUGCUACACUGCUGCUUAUAUUUGAUACUUUUGUAUAGUCAGUCAUUUAUAUAGUAAUUGUGGAGCUUUCUGAUUUCAGAUAAUCAGUGUAUCU